CUCUUAAGCCACACCCCUAUUUGAUUCAUUUCUUAACUCUAUCUUUAAGCCAAAUUUCGAAAGAAAAAAAAAUCCUCCCACCAACACCAAUAUCGACAAGACCCAAACCAUGUCCCAAAACAACCGAACGGACAAAAAAUGAAAGACGUCUCGGGAUCAGUGGCGGUGAUCAUGGUGCCUCUUCCGGCGCAAGGCCACCUCAACCAGCUCCUCCAGCUCGCCCACCUCGUCGCCUCCUGCGGCGUCCCUGUCCACUACGUCGGCUCCUCCUCCCACAACCGCCAGGCCAAGCUCCGCUCCCACGUCCCGCCCUCCCCUAAUUCCCCUUACAAGUUCCCCUCCCACCUCCAGCCCGCGUUCGACGCCACUUCGUCACUUCGCAGCCCCUUCGCCUCCCUCGUCCGCUCCCUGUCCUCAGUGUCGAGGCGGGUUGUAGUGGUCUACGACUCGCUGAUGGCGUCUGUGGUCCAGGACACUGGCUCGGUCCCCAACGCCGAGAUUUACGAAUUCAACUCUGUUUCCGCGUUCACGCUCUGUUGGUUCACGUGGGAGAGCAAAGGGAUGGCGCCCCCGCCGGAGGUGGAGGCUGACAUCGCGGAGCUCAUCUCCUCCAAGGGCUUCCCGUCCAUCCCGGACUCCUUCACCGACGAGUUCAUGAAGUUCAGGGCGUCGCAGAAAGAGUGCAAGAAGUUCAACUCGGGAUGCAUCUACAACACAUGUAGGGUCAUCGAAGGCCGCUUCGUAGACUUAUUUGCCAGCGCAACAGCGAACGGCACCGCAACCAAGCACUGGGCAAUUGGGCCGUUCAACCCGGUUAAAGUACCCGAAAAGGGGUCGAGAAGAUCGGCUCACUGGUGCAUGGAGUGGCUCGACAAGCAAGCACCGAGUUCGGUGAUAUACGUGUCAUUCGGCACCACGACGGCGCUGAGCGACGAGCAGAUCCGUGAGAUCGCCAUGGGGUUAGAACGUAGUGGACAGAAGUUCAUCUGGGUAUUGAGGGAAGCUGAUAAGACGGACAUUUUCGGCGGAGGAGGAGAGGCGAGGAAAAUCGAACUGCCCCAGGGGUUCGAGGAGAUGGCGGCGGCUCGAGAUUUAGGGGUGGUGGUGAGGGACUGGGCGCCGCAGCUCGAGAUCUUGGGGCACCCGGCGACCGGCGGGUUCUUGAGCCACUGCGGGUGGAACUCUUGCAUGGAGAGCAUCAGCAUGGGAGUGCCGAUCCUCGCGUGGCCUAUGCAUUCGGAUCAGCCCCGGAAUGCAGUCUUGAUCACGCGAGUCCUCAAGAUGGGACUCACCGUCAAGGAUUGGACGAGCCAACACGACGUCGUGAAGUCCACCAUCAUCGAAGGCGCCGUGAAGGCGCUCAUGGCGACGGAAGAAGGGGAGGAGGUGAGGAAGAGGGCGGCCGAGUUAGGGCCGGCCGUCCGGGGGUCGAUGGAUGAGGGCGGAGUUUCUCGGGCCGAGCUGGACUCUUUCAUUGCUCACAUCGCUAGAUAAAUUUUCUCCGUUGUCCUUGGUUCUUUUUUUUUCCCCGCAUCGAUGAUAAUCAAUGAUAAAUCAUAGUUAGUGGAGGAAAGAAAGAUAACAUUUUAUAUAUAGUUAUUGUACGAUUGA